AUGGCUGAAGUAGUAUUAUUUGGCAUUGCAGAGGAAAUCCUGAAGAAUCUGGGAUCAAGGGCUCUUGAUGAGAUCGUCUCAGCACAUGGCUUCAAAGCUCAGUUCGAGAACCUCAAGAACACAAUCACCAGUAUUAAAGAUGUGCUGUUGGAUGCUGAGGAAAAGCAAGCUGAUGAUCACGCUGUUCGUGAUUGGCUUGAAAGGCUUGCAACUGCUGUCUAUGCUGCUGAUGACUUGGUUGAUGAGGUUUCUACUAUUGCCACACGACAACAGCUCAUGGACAGAAACACACUGUCUGAAAAGGUACAAACCUUUUUCUUCUGGCCGAAUCAAAGUGUGUUUGCAAAAGUGUCCCGAAAGAUGAAAACUAUUAGGGAAGAGCUUGACGUUAUAGUCAAAGAUGGUACAUGGUUUGAUUUUGCACGCCGGCCUCACGAAGUAGGGAGUCGAAUGAGUAGUUCUAGAGAAGCAGAAGUAGUUAUUGGCAGAGAUGGUGAUAAGAAAGCUGUCUUGGAAAUGCUGCUUGCAUCCUCUUCCACUGAUGAAAAGCAUGAGAAUGAGAUGCUACCUGUUAUCCCAAUUGUUGGAAACGGAGGCAUGGGGAAGACGACUUUAGCUCAAUUCAUAUGUAAUGACCCUCAGGUUAAGGAGCACUUUGAGUUGAGGUUAUGGUUGUGUGUAUCAAAUGUCCUUGAUAUUAAGGUAAUCAUAAGAAAAAUCCUUCUGUUGGUAACCAACAUGGAAACCCAUAAGUUGGAGAUUGUGCAGUUACAAGGUCUAUUGAGAAAAGUAGUUGGUGACAAGAAAUACUUGAUUGUUCUAGAUGAUGUGUGUAAUGAACAUUGUGAGGAAUGGUCUAAGCUGAAAGCUCUUUUGAAAAUUGGUAGAAGGGGGAGUAAGAUCCUGGUAACUACUCGAUCGAGGGAGGUGGCGGAAAUGAUGGGGACCUUACGUGCUUAUGUUUUACAAGGGCUAUCAGAGGAAAGGUCAUGGGAUUUAUUUGAAAAGACGGCGUUUAAGCUUGGACAAGCUCAACCGAAACCACACCUUGUGGAAGUGGGGAAGGAGAUUGUUAAGAAGUGUGCAAAUGUUCCUUUGUCCAUUAGAACUACAGGAAGUAUGCUUUAUGGCAUGGAGGACAGCAAGUGGCUGUCAAUUAAGGAUAUAUUUGUAGCAAAGAUUUCUGCAAACCAAAGUGACAUUAUGAAGGUUCUCAAGCUUAGCUACCAUCAUCUGUUGUCACCGUUGAAGAAUUGUUUCUCUUAUUGUGCUUUGUUCCAGAAAGGCUAUGAAUUUGACAAGGAAGUGUUGAUGGAUCUUUGGAUAGCAGAGGGAUUCGUUACUAUUUCAGCUGCUAAUGAAGGACAAAGUUUAGAUGAAAUUGCCGAGGAGUACUUUCUUACUUUGCUCCAAAGAGGUUUUUUCCAGGAAAUAAGAAUGAAUGAAUGGGGGGUUAUUACAAGCUGCAAAAUGCACGACUUAAUGCAUGAUCUAGCGCAAGAAGUGUCUGGAGUCAAGUGCAAGGUUGCAGACUUUGCAGAAAGGAAUUUUGAUGACAAAACCCUUCACUUAUCCUUUGCUUAUCAACUGACUUCCUCGUCGAAAAUCCCAAACGAAAUUCAGAAUCUGAAGCAGCUGCGUACAUUUCUUUUGCCGGAGCAAAGGUAUGUUGUUGAGUCUCUACCCUUGAGCAAAUCCAUAUACCAAUCAUUAAUAACGAGGUCUAUCUGUUUGCGGGUAUUGGAUCUACAUAAUCUAAGCAUCAAGAGUUUACCUAGUUCAAUAGGUAAACUAAUUCACUUGAGAUACCUCAAUCUCUCCUGCACACUUAUUGAAGAGCUCCCCAGUUCAAUCACAGAUCUUCUGAAUCUGCAAACACUAAAACUACGUCUUACUCAACUUAGAACACUACCACCAAACAUUAGAAAACUUACCAAUUUGAGGAGCCUUGAUGUUAGUUCUUGUUCUAAAUUGAUUCACAUGCCAUCAGGAAUAGGAGGAUUGACUUUGCUCAGUAAGCUACCUAAAUUUAUUGUUAAUCAUUCUCCAGAAUUAAGCAGUAUGGCUAAACUGAGUGAUCUUAAAAAUCUCGAUAACCUGAGAGGACACCUAGAAAUUGUUAUUCACGGUGAAACUAGCAUAUUGGAAGCAACAGAAGCAGAGUUGACUAGCAAAGACCAGUUGACCGAGUUGUUAAUAAACUUUAACAGGGAGAUGUUUUAUUUAUUUUAUGGUUGUAACCAUGAUUUGGCUACUUUGGAGGGCUUAAAACCGCAUUCUAAUCUAAAGAUGUUGAAGAUUUUGAAUUACAGAGGACAGAUGCUCCCAAAUUGGGCAAGGAUGGAUAAUUUGUCCACUACCCUUCCAAAUUUGGUUGAGCUUAAAUUGGAAAACUGUAGAAAAUGUAUACAGAUCCCUGUCUUUAGUCAAUUACGUUUCUUAAAACGCCUCAAGGUUUCAGAAAUGGAUACUGUGGAAUACAUGGAGAAUGCUGUAUGUGACGACAGUUCCUCAUCAUCAUCAUCAAAACUUCAAAGGGGAAAAACUUCAUUGUUCUUCCCAUCUCUUGAAGAACUCGAGAUGAAAGACAUGAAAAAUCUGAAAGGAUGGUGGAAAGGAUAUGAAGAUCAUCUAUUAUCAUCCAUGCACUUCUCUAAUAUGUCAAAACUGUCUGUAGUUGGAUGCAGAAACUUGAUUUCUCUGCCACUUUGUCCGAAAAUGGAGAUUUUGACACUAACCGGCACCAAUGACAGCCUCUUACUAUCAAAGUUGGUAACAACUUCUGAAUCUGUAAAAGGGGUUGGUUUGAAGUUGAAGCAGCUGAAAAUGGAUCAUUUAGAUAACCAACUUAUACUCCUGCCAAAACAAUGUAUAAACCAGCUUUCUUCACUAACUGUCCAUGGUGAUAACAAGCUAGUGAGCACUAAAAUACUAGGAGAAGUAUUCUCAACAACAACACUAUCUUCAUCUCUGCAAACCCUAGUUUUCUAUAAUUGCAAGAAACUGAGAAGCAUAUCAAAAGGCCUGGAAAAUCUGACUGCAUUGAAAGAGUUGGUAUUUGAUGGUUGUGAAAUGCUGAAACUGUCACCAAUAGAAGAUGAAGAUGCAAAUGAUAGCAUACCAUGGAAAGCUUUGAGAAAUAUCCUUUGUUAUUUGACACUGUCAAAUAUCCGUGAACUGAACUAUCUUCCUACAGGGUUUCGAUACUUGACAAACCUCCGUUCUCUGAAACUGUCUUCUCUUAUCCGAUUGAAGGAACUACCGAAACACAUAAGUUAUAUGCACUCUCUUGAACAUCUGGAUUUGUAUGGUUGUCUUAGCUUGACAUCUUUGCCAGAAGACUUCAGCAAGCUCACCUCUUUAAAGUAUUUCAGAAUCAAGUUUUGUCCGGCGUUGGCGAAACAAUGCCGAGGCCCGGAUGGUGGUGAGUGGCCAAAUAUUCAGCAUGUUCCUCUGGUUAUUGUUUCCUUUAAAGUUCAUGAAAUUUAUUUCCUCCUUCCUAUUUCCUGUCUUCCACUUGAAAAACCAAGAGAGAAAAUCAGAAAACAAAUGGCAGAAGCAGCAUUAUUUGGCAUUGCAGAAGAAAUCCUGAAGAAUGUGGGAUCAACUGCAAUUGAUGAGAUUGCCUCAGCAUGGGGCUUCAAGUCUCAGCUUGAGAAGCUUAAGAACACUGUCAACACCCUCAAGGAUGUGCUGCUAGAUGCUGAGGACAGACAAGCUGAUAGCCAUGCUGUUCGCGGUUGGGUUGCGAGGCUUACAACUGCUGUCUAUGCUGCAGAUGACUUGUUUGAUGAGUUCAGUACAGUUGCAUCGCGAAAGCAGCUCAUGGGUGGGAACAAAUUGACUAAAGAGGUACAAACUUUCUUCUCUUGCUCCAACGAAAUAUCAUUGGCCUUGAAAAUUUCUCAAAAGAUUAAAAGAAUUAGGCAAGAGCUGGAUGAUGUAGUGAAAGACAGUACUCAGUUUGCCUUUGUACUCCGCCCUCACCAUGAAGGCAGAGUAAUAUAUACUGGUAGAUCAAGGAGAGAUGAGACUUAUUCAUUUGUAGAUUCAGAAGAAGUAAUUGGCAGAGAUGAUGAUAAGAAAGCCGUCUUAGACUUACUGCUUGCGUACUAUUCCAUUGAUAAUAAGCAUGAGGAUGAGGAUGAGGUACUACCUGUUAUCUCAAUUGUGGGAAUAGGAGGGCUAGGAAAGACAACUCUAGCUCAACUCAUAUAUAAUGACCCUCAGGUUAAGGAUCACUUUGAGUUGAUGUUAUGGGUGUGUGUUUCAGAUGUCUUUGAUAUAAAGGAUAUCACACUAAAGAUAAUCAUGUCGGCAACUAACACCGAAUCUCAGAAAUUAGAGAUGGAGCAGUUGCAAGGUCGAUUGAGGAAUGAGAUCGGUGAUAAGAAAUACUUACUUGUUCUUGACGAUGUUUGGAAUGAGAAUCGCGGAGAAUGGCUUAAGCUGAGGGGUUUGUUGAAGAUUGGUAGACAGGGAAGUAAGAUCCUAGUAACAACUCGAUCGAGGGAGGUUGCAGAAAUAAUGGGAAAUUGUCCUCCUCAUGAAUUACAAGGGUUAUCAGAGGAAAAAUCAUGGGAGUUAUUUGAAAAGAUGGCAUUUAAGCUUGGACAAGCUCAACAAAAGCCACAUCUUGUUCAGUUGGGGAAGGAAAUUGUUAAGAAAUGUGCGAAUGUGCCGUUGGCCAUAAGAGCUUUAGGGAGCCUUCUUUAUGGCAAGGAUGAAACCAAAUGGAUCUCUAUCAAAGAUGCAAGUCUGGCAAAAAUAUCUGAUAACCAAAACAAUGUUUUGAACAUUCUCAAACUUAGCUAUCAGCAUCUUUGUUUCCCAUUGAAGAAUUGUUUUGGUUACUGCUCCUUGUUUCCGAAAGACUAUCUGUUUGACAAGGAAACAUUAAUAGAUCUCUGGAUGGCUGAGGGAUUCAUUGCUAAUGAAAGCCAACGUCUAGAGGAAGUUGCUAACGAGUAUUUUCUUACUUUGUUGCAAAGGUGCUUUUUCCAGGAUAUAAAAAGAGAUGAAUGGGGGGCCAUUAAGAGCUGCAAAAUGCACGACUUAAUGCAUGAUCUUGCUCAACAAGUGGCUGGAGUCAAGUGCAAGGUUGCAAACUUCUCAGAAACCAAGUUUGAUGGCAGAAUCCACCAUUUAUCCUUUGCUUAUCGUUUGACUUCCUCGUGGAAAAUCCCAAACUCAAUGCUGUCUAUGAAACUGCUGCGUACAUUCCUGUUGCCAGAGCAAAUGAAGGAUGGCUCUACAUUCAGCAAAUCAAUCUGCCAACAGUUAAUGUUGAGGUUUAGCUGUUUGCGGGUGUUGGAUCUGCAUGAUCUCGGAGUCAAAAGUCUACCCAGCUCAAUAGGUAAGCUAAUUCACUUAAGAUUCCUUAAUCUCUGUAAGAUGCCUAUUGUAGAACUCCCUGAUUCAAUCACCCAACUUCAUAAUUUGCAAACUCUAAAGCUAUAUCAUUGUUCGAGACUUAAAACACUACCUAAACAUAUUAAAAAGCUUACCAAUCUGAGGAGUCUUGAUAUUGACCGUUGUUCCAAAUUAAGUCACCUGCCUUCAGGAAUAGGAGAAUUGACUUUGCUCCAUAAGCUACCUCUAUUUAUUGUUGACCAUAAUCUUCGUUCUAAAUCAAGGUUUAAACCCAAAACUGCUAAGUUGAGUGAUCUACAAAAACUGAAUAACUUGAGAGGAGUUUUGUGCAUUGAAUUUAAUGGAGAUAAGAAUUAUGGUGUUAGAAGCAAUAGAGGCAAACUUGGCUGGCAAACAUGGAAUGACUGAACUGCAUAUAAACUUUUAUCAAACAAUUUGGAAUGCUUUUAGCGAUCAUGAAUCUCUGUUGGAAGGCCUGAAACCACAUCCUAAUUUAAGAAAGCUGAAGCUAAGUCGCUACAGUGGUGAAAGCCUCCCAAGUUGGGCAACAAUGGGUAAUUUGUGUAUUAAUCUUCCAAAUCUUGUGGAGAUUGAACUUUCAAAAUCCGGAAUUUGCAAACAAGUCCCUGCAUUUAGCCAACUACCUUUCUUGAAGCGUCUUUUUCUUAUAUCUAUGCGAGGAGUGGAAUACUUGGAAAGUGGCAUAUCAUCAGAUUCAUCACCUACAGAAACACUUUUCUUCCCGUCUCUUGAAGAACUUACCUUGAGGGAGAUGCAAAGUCUUAAAGCAUGGUGGAAACAACAUUGUUUAUUGUCCAUGUCAUUUGAACCUCUCAGUGUUGGAGAUGGCAAAAGCUGUAUCAACAACAACAAUAACAACAUCAACAACAACAACAACAACAACAACAGCAACAAUAACAACAACCGGGUCAGAAUCUGGGUUGAAGUUGAAGCUGAAGAAGCUGGAAAUCGAUAACAUGGAAGACCUUAUCUCCCUGUCAAAGCAAAGCUUACAUCAGCUUUCUUCACUACAUGUCCAGGGUGAUAUCAAGCUGCAGAGUAGUGAUAGCAGUGAAAGACUAGAACAAGUGUUUGAAAUUCUAUCUUCUUCUCUCCGAUCAUUGGUUUUCGAGCAUUGUAGCAAUUUAAGUUCCAUCACUAAAUGUCUUAAACAUCUGACUGCAUUGGAGAAUCUAUUCCUUCAUAAUUGUCGAGAAGAAGAUGACAAUGAAAAUGGCAUACCAUGGGAAGCCUUCAAAACUAGUCUUCGUUCUUUGAAAAUGGCGUGGAUGGUAACGAGACUUCCUAGUGGGAUACAACACUUGGAAAAUCUCAGUUCUUUAGAAUUGUUCUGCAAUGUUGGAUUGACGGAAUUACCAGAAUGGAUAGGUUGUUUAUCAUCCCUCAGAUGUAUGGAAUUGUGUAAUUCUGGGUUUUUGACAUCUUUGCCAGAAAGCUUCAGCAAGCUUACCGCCAUUAAUGAACUCCGAAUUGUCCUAUGUUCAAGAUUGGCAAGAAGAUGUCAAGGUCCAAAUGGUAGGGAUUGGCACAAGAUUCAGCAUAUUCCACUUGUUACUAUUCUACGUACAGGUGCUGAUGGAUGGUGAAACAAUUUUGUGGUGCUAAACUCAAUCUAUGUUACUCUGUUUAGAAAAUCUUGAUGUAAGCAUAUGUUUUAGGAUGUUUUUCAGAAAAUCUCAAUCAUACUUGUAUUGUUGUAAAAAUUUCCAUUUUUAUUAUUUCAUGUAUGCAUUUGUGCAUAUCAGAUUACCAUAUUCUCAGUUUGGAUUCUUUCAUCAAAGUGAAGCAGAUAAAUUUAUAUCUCUUGAA